GGUUUAUAUCCAGGUUGUGAGGCUACUGCUUUUCCUACUCGUUUGGAAACCUUUGAUUUCUGCGUCGUAUCACAGAAGAUCAAAUUAACAAUGUCUGGAAGAGGCAAAACCGGAGCUAAGGCCCGUGCCAAGGCAAAGACCCGCAGCUCCCGGGCCGGCCUGCAGUUCCCUGUCGGUCGUGUGCACCGUCUCCUCCGCAAAGGAAACUACGCUGAGCGAGUUGGUGCCGGUGCACCUGUGUACCUGGCCGCCGUGCUGGAGUACCUCACCGCUGAGAUCCUGGAGCUGGCUGGUAACGCCGCCAGGGACAACAAGAAGACCCGUAUCAUCCCUCGUCACCUCCAGCUGGCUGUGCGCAACGACGAGGAGCUGAACAAACUGCUCGGCGGUGUGACCAUCGCCCAGGGCGGCGUCCUGCCCAACAUCCAGGCCGUGCUCCUGCCCAAGAAGACCGGUCAGUCCGCACCGAGCUCCGGCAAGGCGGGAAAGAAGGCCUCCUCUCAGUCUCAAGAGUACUAGCCUGCAGGCUAAUAACUACACCCCAAAGGCCCUUUUAAGGGCCACCCACCCCUCUUGAAAGAGCAACUUUUCUUGUUUAUCGCUUAUCGCUGUCUUGUUCCAUUUUCGCAUGUUUCUAUUUAA